UCGACUAUCGUCGAGUGAAAUUCAUACAGUUCCAAAUAGUCCCGAUUCCGAAGUAUAGCAGUUCAAUGUAACAGUUCUAGUUUCCGACCAAUCAUAGUCUCGGACUUCGGUGAAGGCUUGGACAAUUUGCAUAGAAACAGAAAGCUCUGGAACUCUCCAGGACAAACAUACACAAGGAUUACAGAUCUAAUUUACUGAGCAGUGAUGGCGAAAUCUACCCCAUGAAUCGGGGAUUCAUUAAAGUAUAUUUUGCCCAUCUCUAGACUUGACCAUAGAUAAUGAAGUACACACUUGACAUCUGUCAUGUAUAUAAACUGUAGGUUAGUUAUAAAUUCAAGCGCGAAAUUUCUCGCGGUUAUGGUUAUAUUCAAAAUUCAAGCUCAUUCGUGGUAUCUCUAAUUCAGAAACGGAUCUUUCUUUCUGAGUCUAGGGACUUUAUAGAUAAAAUAAUACGGACUACUGGAAAAUAUGUCCAAAACACCUAAAAGAAAGAGUCUUGGAGGUCAAAGCAAUACUUUAUUCAGUUAUUUUAAAUCACCAAAGGUAGAAAAGAAAGAUGAUUCUAUUGUCAAAAAAAUUGAAAAACCAAUUUCAGAAUACAAUAGUGAUGACGAAGACAUUGUGAGAUGUAAAAAACGAAAAAGGAUUAUAAUUCAAAGCGAUUCCGAAGAUGAGGCCGAAUUAGCAGGUAAAAAAGCCGCAAAAAUUGAAAAAACUGCUAGAAAUAACAGUAAAUCUGAAGACAGUUCUGAUGUUGAACCAGAAAGUAGUUCCGGAAAUAUUGAUUCUGAGUCGCCUGAAAAUGAAGGCAAAGCCAAUAAAGGAAAAAAUUCUUCUACAAAUGGCAACGUCGAAUUGAAGGGCUCUCUCGAGAAGUAUUCUUUUGAAUACAAUCAAACGGUAGACAAAAAUAAACAAAGUUGUGAGGCUCUUAAUGAUUCCCAAAUAGCUUUGAAAAGUUCAACACCAGCUGAUGUUAUUGUAAGUAUUCAUAAUAAUUGGAAACAUAACCAUUUACCAUUCCUUCAACCUGAUAAAAUAAAAGAUAAAAACAAAAAACGUCCUGACCAUCCUGAAUAUGAUAAUCGAACUCUCUUUAUUCCUGAUGAGUUUCUCAAUAAUCAAACUCCUGCUAUGAGGCAAUGGUGGAUUCUAAAAAGUUCUCAUAUGGAUACAGUUCUGUUUUUCAAAGUGGGUAAAUUCUAUGAACUAUAUCAUAUGGAUGCAGUAGUUGGUGUCCAACAAUUAGGGUUUUCAUAUAUGAAGGGCGAGUUUGCACAUUCUGGUUUUCCUGAAAGUGCUUACGCUAAAAUGGCUAGUAUAUUGAUAGAAAAAGGUUUUAAGGUUGCAAGAGUUGAACAAACAGAAACACCAGAAAUGAUGGCCGAAAGGUGUAAAUUGCAAAAAAAAACAACCAAGUAUGAUAAAGUUGUGAAGAGAGAAAUUUGUCAGAUAUCAACUAAAGCUACACUAGUUUACAGCGCUCAAAUGCCUGAUGCUACACAACCAAUGUCAUGUUAUCUGUAUGCCAUUGCAGAGAAAAAGAUUCAGAAUGGUGUCCGAUUUGGAGUAUGCUUUGUUGAUACUUCCAUUGGCAUUUUCCACCUUUCAGAGUUUGAUGAUGAUAAACAUUGUUCUAGAUUAUUAGCUCUUUGUGCAGAACAUAAACCAGAAUUGAUUCUGGUUGAGAGAGGAUGCCAGAGUUCUGUAGUAUCUGAAGUUUUCAACACUUACUUCAAAGAUAUAAGAAGAGAAAAUUUAGCACCAAAUUCUCAGUUUUAUACAGCAGAAAAAACUUUGGAAUCUCUUUCAACAGGUCCUUACUUCAAAGAUAAAACUGGACAAUUUUUAUGGCCCCAACUAUUUUCAGAGUUGGCUGAUGAAUGUAUACCAAAAUCUGAGUAUGUAUUGACUUUGAAAUGCUUAGGAGCUUGCAUGUGGUACUUAAAAGAUUCUGAACUGGAUAUUCAUGUUCUUUCAAUGAAACAAUUCAAAAUGUAUACACCAAAAGAUUUGGAAAACAAUAAUAAAGUGACACAAAGAGAUUAUAUGGUUCUAGAUUCAGUAACAAUGGAUAAUUUAAAUUUACUUGGUAAUCAAGGAUCCUUACAAAAAAAUAUUGAUCACUGUGAAACACCAUUUGGUAAAAGAUUAUUGCAUCAAUGGAUUUGUCGGCCAUUAUGUGAUGUUGGUAAAAUAAAAGAAAGACAAACUGCAGUGCAGGAACUAGCCUUGAAUGCAGACCUCUUGAAGCCUGCCCAAGAGAUUUUGAAGAAAUUGCCUGAUUUAGAGAGACAAAUUGCAAAAAUUCAUAUUUAUGGCAAUAAAUAUUGUGCUGAAAAUCAUCCAGAUGGUCGAGCAAUAUUUUAUGAAUCCAAAACCUAUUCAAAAAGAAAAAUUCAAGAUCUCUUAAAUACACUCCGAGGUUUUGAAAAUGCUCAAGCAUUAACUGAUAUUUUUGAAGGGUGUGACUCUCGGUUGUUGAAGAAAAUUACUCAAACUGGGGACAAGGGAAUGUACUUAGACUUGACUGAUAGCUUACAAUUUUUUAGGGAAGCAUUUGAUCAAGAAGUAGCAAGUAAAGAAGGUGUUAUUAUACCUAAAGCAGGUGUGGAUGAAGAUUAUGAUUCAGCCAUGGAAAAAAUUUCUGAUAUUCAGAAAUCAUUAGAUAAGUAUUUGAAAGAACAAGAAAAAAUCUUUGGAUGUAAAAUUUCAUAUUUUGGUUCUGAUAAGAAAAGAUUUCAAUUAGAGAUACCUGAUAGUCACACAAAAAAAGUUACAGGAGAAUAUCAAUUAGAAGGAACGAAGAAAGGUAACAAACCUUGUAAAAGGUAUCAUACUGAAGAAACAAGGAGUUUUCUUGCUGCUAUGCUAAAAGCAGAAGCAGAAAAAGCGAAAAUUGUACAGGAUUUGAAUAGAAGAAUUUUUGAAAAAUUCUCUCAAAGGUAUAAUGAAUGGGAGCAAGUAACACAUUGUAUAAUGUAUUUGGACGUUCUUUGCUCUCUUGCUACUUACUGUACAUUAUCUAGUUAUUCAGUUUGUUUACCCAAAAUAGAACCAUUCAAAGAUAAAAGUAUGGUUUAUAUGACAAAUGCAAGACAUCCCUGUAUUACAAAUAUAGAGAAUUUUGUUCCUAACGAUAUUUCCAUGAAUUGUGAUAACAAAGCUGGCUUGGUCUUGAUCACUGGACCCAAUAUGGGCGGUAAAUCAACACUUAUGCGACAAGUCGCAGUGAUAGCUGUGAUGGCCCAAAUGGGUUGUUAUGUACCUGCAGAAGAAUGUACUUUGAAUCUUGUGGAUCGUGUUUUCACCAGACUGGGUGCACAUGACAAUAUCAUAGGAGGACAAUCAACAUUCUUCGUAGAGUUAUCAGAAGCCUCUUCAAUUCUACAACAUGCUUCCCCACAUUCCUUAGUGUUGCUAGAUGAGCUUGGCAGAGGUACCUCUACUCAUGAUGGAAAUGCUAUCGCGACUGCCUAUGUAAAGAAACUGCUUCAAAUCAAUUGCCGAACACUUUUCUCAACUCAUUAUCACUCUCUUGUGGAUCAUUUUGUUGAUAGGAGUGAUGUACAACUAGGCCAUAUGGCUUGUAUGGUGGAAAAUGAUGAAGAUCCAACUCAAGAAUCGGUAGUAUUCCUCUAUAAAAUGGUUGAAGGGAGAUGUCCGAAAUCAUAUGGAUUCAAUGCUGCUCGGCUUGCUGGUUUGAAGCAUUCUAUAGUAGCAAGGGCAAGAGAGAUUGCGAAAGUUCUUGAAAAUCAAAGGAAUAUUUAAUCCUUAGCUGUUAGCUAUUGGGUAAACAAUGAUGUGCCUGAAGUGAUAAAAGAAUAUAAAAGAAAGCUUCCAUAGAACACAACUGGUUGUCAUACUUCGUGUAAGGUCAAGAGCAUUCACGAUUGAAUUUUAAUAAUGAUUUUUAAAAAAUAAAAGAACAUACCCCAAUACAUUGGUCAGCAAAACAUUUUUUGGCACCAGUUGUCCAAACUUAUGUCAUAGAUACAAGAUAUUGUUGUGGUCUACUUGAAUAAACUUAUGUAGGAUUCAACACAAAUCAAUCUCUCGUUAUUCUUUUUCAAUGUAAAAUGUUUAUAAGAAUAAUUUGUGAAAAUAUAAAGAUACGCAACAUUCAGCGGAGCAAGAAUAAUUUCCAAUUAAUUUGCAAUGUAGUGUUUUUGUGAGAAUUUAGUGGAAUUGAUCUAAAUUUUUCGCAAAAAUUUUCGAUAAGUUAAAUCACGUACGGGACACUAAAAUCUACUGAUCCCCAUUAAAAAAUUUCUGCUUCAUCUGAAAAUCUCAAUAAAACGACAUACAGUGUGUUGAAUCUCAGCUAGUGAGUAGUGAGUACUCCCAUAUUUUUUUAACACAGACCUGUAUUUUUUGAUCAGUUCAAAGAUUGAUGGUCCUUAUAAAGUGAAUCAUACGUUCCAAAUAUAAAUAUAAUGUACUGGAUGGAUCCAAAAUAUUGAUAAACACUCUUUGUAUCUCGGCUAUGAAAUUUAUACAUGCAUUUUAUUAAAAUACAAUACUUAAUUUGAG